CUUGAUCAGAGGUGACAGCUAGCGUCUGGGAGCUUUACGAACGUCGACGAAAGCCAUAGAGAGGAUGAUGCCGCUCAGCCGUGCCUUGUAUCGCCCGGUCGUGGCAGCGGGCAGCAGACGGGUCUUGUCAACGUCAGCUCGGCAUGCACAGCAAGGCAGGGCCAAACGUCCUCCCUUUGACGAGGUGCAGCGAUCCCGCCCUGACUUCGAGGCCCUGGACUAUGUCGCGACCAAGACGCCGGAUCCUGCGUGGAAGACGGGCACUGGGGCCAACGGUCAUCCGUCUGGCAAUGGGUCGCAAAGGAGGAAAGAGAUGCUUCGCGCAGACGAACUGGGCGAUGCAGAGAACUACAAGCUCAUCGUAGGCGGCAUCAUACCCAGACCAAUUGCCCUCGUCUCGUCGCACGACGCAACGGGCAAACGGAAUCUCGCUCCUUUCUCCUACUUUGGCGCUGUGGGGCACAAGCCUCCCAUGGUCAUGAUCUCGUUCAACUCUGCCAAAGCAGGCCAGAAGGACAGUGCGGCGAACAUCCUCGAGACCAAACGCUUCUCUGUCAACAUCAUCUCCGAGUCAUUUGUUGAAGCUGCCAACUACACGUCAAUCGAUGCGCCCCACGACGUCUCGGAGUGGGACCUGAGCGGCCUCACGCCCAGCCCCUCGCGCUACUGGCCCGAGGAAGGAGACGCACCGCCGACGGUGGGUGAAUCUGCCUAUUCGCUCGAGUGUGAGCUGCACGAUUCAAUGAGCCUACUCGACGACGAUGGCAAAGAGACGGGCAAGAUCAUCGUUGGCCGCAUUCGGGCAUACAUCCUAAACGAAGGCAUCAUUCAGCCAGACGGCAGCCUCUCGCCUGGCGAUAUCCUCCCCAUCGCCCGAGGUGGCGGCAUCACCUACCUCCGCUCAACCCAUGGCCUCGAGCUUCCGAGGCCAAGGUGGAGCCGCGAAGGGGAGAGCGAGACAGUCAAGUCCCUUCUGGCCAAGCGGUAGAGCACGGCAAGAUGGGACAGAUUGUAAGGUUGCCGCACACCAACUUACACAAAUGCACGGUUCAAACAAGGGGCGAGGGAGUAUGUGCGAGUGGCUGUGAUGGUAUAUGGUA